AUGCCUCACUUUGACGAAAGCAAGGCCUACGCCGUGCAAGAAGACGUCUUCUUCGAUGACGGCCGCGAAAUCGAGCUGCUGCACUUCGUUUACUCCCAGCCCGACAUCGACGAGAUCCGCGGCAAGCCUGAGCGAGUCCUGGCCGCCAUCGAUGAUUUUGGCCGGAGCAAGAAGUACCUCAUGAACGUCGGCGAGGACAAGGGCAAGAUCGUCACGGAUUUGAUCGCCGAGGUCAAGCCCAAGAUUAUGGUCGAAUUAGGCGGGUACGUCGGCUACUCCUGCAUCCUCUUCGGCGCCGCCCUGCGCAAGGCAGGCGGCCAGCGGUACUACUCCCUCGAGCGCAACCCCGAGUUCGCCGCCGUAAUCGGCUCGCUGGUCGAGCUGGCGGGCCUCUCGGACAUAGUCAAGGUCAUCGUCGGGCCCAGCGACGCCUCCAUCAAGCGUCUGCACGAAGCCGGCGAGCUCACCAAGAUCGACCUCAUGUUCCUGGACCACUACAAGCCCGCGUACACGACGGACCUCAAGCUGUGCGAGCAGCUCGGGGUCGUCGGACCCGGGUCGGUGCUGGCGGCCGACAACGUCAUCAAGCCCGGCAACCCGCCGUAUUUGGAGUACGUGCGGAGUUCCGUCGAGGACAAGCGCGCUGCUGCGCGGGACGUGGCCAAGAAGCGCGAGGAGAGCGGCUUCUUUGACGAUCGCACCGCGAAGCAGUACUUGAAGCGCGAGGGUGAGGAGAGGUUGGAUUUGACGAGGGUGGGAAACCCGAAUCUCAAAUACGAGAGCAAGCUGGUCAACAGCUUUGAGCCGACCGGUGUACCAGACGGUGUUGAGAUAACGAGAUGCCUUGGCGAGGAAAAGGAAUGA